AUGCAAGCCCUCGCUUUCAAGAGGUUGCCCCAGCUACGGCUAGCUCAAUCUCACGCCAGCCGGUCCAUGUCUUCUGCUGCACAAAUUGAACCACCCUCGACAAGCUCUUCACCGCCAACGACGCAUUUCAAAAUCACCCUGCGUCGUUCAGCCAUCGGGCUCGGCGACCGAAUCAAGGGGACACUGGUGUCUCUCGGAAUCCAUAGACGCCACCAAACGGUGUACCAUCCCCAUGGACCGGAAGUCGCAGGAAAACUAUUGGCCGUGAAAGAACUUAUAGAUGUGGAAAACGUUCCGACAGAGCUGGUGAAGACGAAAGAGCAGCAGACGAGGGAUAGAAGGCCGCCAAGGGGAUAUCAGGUCGUCGGGAACAGACGGAAUGAACCCCUCAUUGCUUAA